UAUGUUGAGCAUGAAUUUCAUAACCUUGCUGAUGGUGUUUUUCAUCGGUCACGCUGCCUGAUACUUGCGAUCAUGGAGGAAGAUGCAAGUGCACUCGAGAAAACGUAUUCGAGAGACAGUCGUGCGCAGGAGAAUAACGGGUUUCAAGUGCAGAAUACCCCAGUAUCUCUAGUACGUAGUGUGACGCAACGAAGUUUUGAAGCACAAUCACGCACAGCAUAUGUAUUGCCUUUGAACGAGGCAAAGUCGACCCCAGACGAGGAAACGUGCAACCGAUCUAAAAAGACUGUUGACUCUCCAGCGUCUUUCACCCCAGACUCAUCCUCUGGCGAGGAUCAUGGAAUAGAUACGCCAUGCAGAACCGUUAUCCGUUUCAAAGAUGGCGAUCCUGAAAACCCCAAUAACUGGUCGAUGUGGAAGAAGACGUAUGCGCUUUUGGUGGCAAUAUUCAGCGUGAUGAACUCUACGAUGAGCUCUUCGCUCGCCGCCGGUGCCACCGCCCCCAUGUCCCAACACUUCGGCGUUUCCAGUGAAACGGAACUCAUCUUGCCCACGUCAAUAUAUCUGGUGGGCUACGUGGUUGGGCCGAUGCUCUGGGGGCCACUGUCCGAAUCGUACGGGCGCAAAUGGACUAUGAUCGUAUCAUUCGCCGUCUUCACCAUCUUCUCCAUUGCAUCCGCAGUCGCACCUAAUUUCCCAGCGCUGGUCAUCUUCCGCCUGUUCGUGGGUGCUGGCGGUAGCUGUGCAAUCUCAGUGGUUGGAGGGAUCUGUGCAGAUGUUUUUCAUGACCCCGUCUCGAGAGGAAGAAGCAUGGCAUUAUUCAUGGCAGCAACCACUUUCGGACCUAUUUUAGGACCUCCAAUAUCCGGAUUCAUCUCUGUAGUAUCUUGGUCAUGGGCUUUUUGGAUAGGCGCCAUUUUUGCGGGAGCAUCGUGGCCUCUAUUCUUUUUCUUUCCCGAGACGUUCGGCCCUGUGAUAUUGAAAUAUCGAGCUCAGAGGCUACGAAAGGAGCGAGGUGAUGAAUCCAUCGUAGCACCUAUUGAGCUAGAGAAAACAGAUUUCGGCCAUAUCGUCACAGUGGUACUGACUCGACCGAUCCGUAUGAUUUGUUUCGAACCGCUCGUUUUGUUUACUUGCUUGUAUUUGAGCUACGCUUAUGCCAUAUUCUACAUAUACUUCCAAUCGUACCCGUUGAUAUUCACCGGGAUAUACCAUUUCAAUGCCGGGUUAACUGGUCUCACCUUUCUCCCGAUUGGCGUCGGCGCCAUCAUCUCAGCGGGACUGUAUCUGUCUUGGGACGCCAUACUGCGACGCGCCCAACAAUCUCGCAAGCCAUGGGCAAGCAACGAAGAGAUGCGGCGGCUGCCUCUAGCCUGCAUCGCAGGUCCUUUCUUCGUCAUUAGCAGUUUCUGGCUCGGAUGGACGGCGCGCCCAGAAGUUCACUGGACAGCACCUUGCUUCGCAGGGAUCCUCUUCGGCAUGGGGUAUCUGUGCUUGUUCAUGGCGCUGCUCAACUACCUGGUGGAUGCGUACGAGAUAUUUGCGGCGUCUGCUAUGGCCGCGGCUUCGCUAUCUAGAUCUUCGUUUGGGGCAGUUCUUCCAUUUGCUGCGAAGCCCAUGUAUCGUGCUCUGGGGAUCCCUUGGGCCACCAGUCUACUUGGGUUCUUCAGUCUAGCGUUGUGUGUUGUUCCAUUCGUGUUUCUGAGAUUCGGAGAUAGGAUGAGAAAGAAGAGCAAAUUCUGCCAAUAUCUCAUGCAAAAGAAAAGAGAAGAGGCAGAGGAAAGGGAGAAGGAGAUGAAUAUGGAAGGGCAACGAGGGGAUCAGGAAAGGGCUCGGGGUGUGUAUGAGGAUAAGGAGAAUGUUUGA